AUGAAGUACCCAAACAACAGUGCCAUGAUGGAUUUCAUUCUUGUGGGGCUCACAGACAACCCCAUGAUGGAGAAGGUCCUCUUUGGGGUGUUUCUGGCCAUCUACGUCAUCACGCUGGCAGGAAAUCUGUGCAUGAUUGUGCUGAUCAAGACCAAUCCGCACCUCCAAACGCCCAUGUACUUCUUCCUUGGCCACCUCUCCUUCGUGGACAUUUGCUACUCUUCCAAUGUGACUCCAAAUAUGCUCUACAGCUUUAGCUCAGGCCAGAAGACCAUUUCCUAUGCCGGAUGCUUCACACAGUGUCUUCUGUUCAUUGCCCUGGUCAUCACCGAGUUUUACAUCCUGGCUUCAAUGGCCCUGGACCGCUAUGUGGCCAUUUGCAGCCCCCUGCACUAUAGCACCAGGAUGUCCAGGGGCGUUUGCAUCUCUCUGGUGGCAUUCCCCUAUGUGUUCGGCUUCCUUAAUGGACUGUCGCAGGCUCUGCUCACCUUCCACCUGUCUUUCUGUGGCUCCCUGGAAAUCAACCAUUUUUACUGCGCAGAUCCUCCUCUCAUCAUGCUUGCCUGCUCCGACGCCCAUGUCAAGAAGAUGGCCAUGUUUGUGGUGGCUGGCUUUACUCUCUCAAGCUCUCUUUGCAUCAUCCUUCUGUCUUACCUUUUCAUUUUUGCAGCCAUCUUGAGGAUCCGUUCUGCUGAAGGCAGGAGCAAAGCCUUUUCUACCUGUGGUUCUCACCUCACCACAGUCACCAUCUUUUAUGGGACCCUCUUCUGUAUGUACUUAAAGCCUCCUUCACAGAAGUCUGUGGAGGAAUCUAAAAUCAUUGCAGUUUUUUAUACUUUUCUGAGCCCUCUGGUGAACCCACUUAUCUACAGCCUAAGGAACAAGGAUGUUAUCAGUGCCAUUAAGCAGGUAAUCAAGGGGAAAUUAUGUCAGGAAAUUGUAUAA